AAAUUUCGGUUUAACAAAAAACAGCUUAAAAUUUCGAAAGCAAAUAAUUCACGUACCAUAUAGACUAUUCAUUUGGCCAAUCAUGGCACCGCCAGUAUAUCCUGAUCUUGGAAAGCUUGCGCGCGAUAUCUUUAAGCGCGGUUACCAUCCUGGCUUGUGGCAGUUGGACUGCAAAACGAUGACUAACUCGGGCAUUGAGUUCUUUACCACCGGGUUUGCUAGCCAGGAUGCUAGCAAGGUGAGCGGCUCUUUGCAGAGCAAGUACAAGAUCGAGGAUUAUGGACUAACAUUGACGGAACGAUGGAAUACGGAUAAUCUACUCUUUGGUGAGAUUAUGCAACGUGAUAAAUUGGCAGAGGGUCUGAUGCUGGCGCUGGAGGCAAAGUUUCAGCCAUCGUCAGGCGAAAAGGAUGCCAAAAUCAAGGUAGGAUAUGCCCAGGAGAACUUCAAUUUCUUGGCCGAUAUGAACAUUGAUCCCAAUGGACCGCUAAUAAAUGCCUCUCUGGUGUUGGGACAUCACGAAUUCCUAGGCGGUAUUGGACUGGGCAUUGACACCAGUGCCAGUGAGGUUUCUACCUGGAAGUUGGCUCUGGGUUGGUUCAACGAGCAAGCCACACUGCAUGGUGAACUGAAGGAUGGUAAUUCCUGGUUGGCCUCGCUCUUCUAUAAGGUAAAUGAACAAAUUGAUAGCGCUGCGGAGAUUGCCAAAACUGCUGGCGAUAGUGGCGGUGAAGAACCACCACCGGAGGGCGAAGAGGGUGGCGGCGAAGGCGAACUGGUCGUAAGUCUGGGUAUGGUCUAUCAUAUGGAGGGCGACGCCUUGAUACGUGCCAAGCUGAAUAGUAAAGUCGAGGUGGGUCUGGGCUAUGAACAAAAGCUGCGUGAGGGUAUUACUUUCUCCAUCUCGACUGUGCUGGAGGGCAAGAAUCUGACCGAAGGCAAUCAUAAAUUUGGCCUUGGUUUCGCUUUGGAGUGCUAGCCAGCUGAGAAGAAACGACGUUGAUUUGAUUUUUGCUUUUUAUCAAAAUUUGUUGCAAUAGUUUAUUUUGUUAUUGUCUAUAGUUUUUUCGCCUAACUAUGGAUAAGCCAAUAUGUGUAUAAAUGUAAAACUAUAUAUAAAUGAGUAUAGAUCUCAACCUGUUCAAGUUA